AUGGACGUGUCGGAAGAAGCAGCUGGCCAGUCUAAGAUCCAGGAUGAUGAUUGCUAUGUGGUGAUUGACUCGGACUCUGAAGACGAAUACUGCAGUGAUAAAGUCAGAGCUUACAUAUCUGACAUAAGCAGCGAAGAUGAGAUUCUGGAUGUGUUAUCCGAUACUGAGGAGCAGCCUCCUACCAAGGAGCCUCCAAUACUUAUCACUGAUGAUGAUAGUGAUUUUGAGGGCCCUGUGCUCAUAAUAGACGAGGAUUCGUGUGAUCAGGGCCCAACUGCCCCAAAGGAAAAAGAGAUGGAGGUCUUCGAUGUCUCCCAGCGCAAUUCAUCUCACGACGUUGGUGAGCUGAAUCUUGGUGAGCCGAAUCUUGGUGAAAAUGUCGGCCAGCCUGCGAACGGCACUGAGGCUGCAGUGGAGAUUGCCGAUGAAGAGCCUGCACCUGUGGUGGAACAACCACAGAAGAGGAAGAGUAAGACCAAGAAUGUAUGUGUGACACCCAGUAAGCUGGGCAUAUCAGCUGUGAGAGUCUCCAAAAGGUGUGCGCCUUCAAAGAAGAAGCCCGGUGCGGGGAAAAUUGAAAAAUGCAAGACCGGGAAAGUGAUGUGCAAAAUACCUGGAUGUUUCCUGCAUGACCUGGAAAACGCAAAGCAGUAUUCUGGAAGGAAAUUCAAGCAAAAUAAGGACAGCCUGGUUCAGAAAAUCUGCGCCCUGUUUAACAGCUCAGUGUUUGAUAAAAAGCUGCUGGAGAAAAUAGAUAUCGGCUGGAAUAAAAAGAUGCUGAGAACUGCUGGCUUAUGCACCACCGGCGAGACCCGUUACCCGAAGAAGCAGCGUUACGCGAAGAUCGAGAUUUCGCUGAAAGUCUGCGACUCUGCAGACCGUCUCCGGGAUACUUUGAUCCAUGAGAUCUGCCACGCAGCCUCCUGGCUUCUCGACGGCAUCCGUGAUUCUCAUGGUGAUGCAUGGAAGUAUUAUGCCAAGAAAUCGAAUAUGGUGCACCCGGAGCUGCCCAUGGUCACUCGUUGCCAUAAUUACAAGAUUAACUACAGGAUCCAUUAUGAGUGUACUCAGUGCAAAACCAGGGUCGGCCGCUAUACCAGAUCCUUGAACACCGAUCACUUUAUCUGUGCCAACUGCAAGGGGCCUCUGGUCAUGCUGCCGCUAACUCGCAAGGAUGGAACCCCCAUUGCACCCCAUGUGAGGCCCUUUGCUAAGUAUGUGCAGGAGAAUUAUAGAACGAUUAAGCAUGAGACGGAUGGGAUAAGCCAUGGGGAUGUGAUGAGGCAGCUGAGCAAGGAUUAUGCCGAUAAGCAAAGGCAGGAUCGUUGA